CAGCGCUGUGGAGUCAGAAGUGAGUGAAUGUAAUGCGGAGCAGUGAGGAGGCGAGUGCGUGGAUGGAGGUGCAAAACUUUACUUAACGUCUCUGCCUUUUUCCCCCCUCACCACUUCGUCUGAGUGCUUCACGCGGAUCCAGUAUUGACGGCAGUUUGUCUGAGGAAACCCUAACGAUGGCAAACAUGGCCGAGGCCUCAAACAGCAGCAAGAGUGAGUCGUACAGUGUCCUUACCUGGGAGCAGGUGAGCCGGCUGAACGAGGUGUUGAGCGAGCCGGUGCCGAUCCACGGCCGGGGCAACUUUCCCACACUGGAGGUGCGACUGAAGGACAUUGUGCAGAAGGUGCGCAACCGGCUUGCGGAGAGCGACAUCCAAGUCAACGACAUCCGCUUAAACGGCUCUACUGCCAGCCACGUGCUGGUGAAGGACAUUGGCUGGAGCUACAAAGAUCUGGAUGUCAUCUUCAGAGUCGAUCUCCCCCAGGAGACAGAGUUCCAGGUUAUCAAAAAGGUGGUGCUGAGCACUUUGUUGGAUUUCCUGCCAGAAGGGGUUAACAAGGAGAAGAUCACACACAUGACGCUGAAGGAGGCCUAUGUGCAGAAACUGGUUAAAGUGUACACGGAACAAGACCGCUGGUCCCUUAUCUCCCUGUCCAACAAUAACGGACGCAACGUGGAGCUCAAGUUCGUGGACUCGAUCCGCAGACAGUUCGAGUUCAGCGUGGACUCCUUCCAGAUCAUUUUGGAUUCUGUGCUGUCUUAUUACGACUCAGAAAAGCCCAUGUCUCAGCAUUUCUACCCUUCUGUGACGGGGGAGAGCAUGUAUGGUGACUUUGCUGUGGCACUAGACCACCUCAGGAACAAGCUGAUUGCCACCAAAAGGCCAGAGGAAAUCCGUGGAGGUGGCUUGCUGAAAUAUUGUAACCUUCUCGUGAGAGACUUCAGGCCCACAGAUAAGGAGGAGUUCAAAGCAUUAGAGCGCUAUAUGUGCUCUCGCUUCUUCAUUGAUUUUCCUGACAUUGGCGAGCAGCAGCGGAAACUUGAGGCCUACCUGCAGAGUCACUUUGUGGGUGAGGAGAAAAGCAAGUAUGACUACCUCAUGAUCCUGAGACGGGUUGUGAACGAGAGCACAGUCUGCCUCAUGGGACAUGAGAGGAGGCAGACACUUAACCUCAUCUCACUCACAGCUUUCCGGGUGCUUGCAGAACAGAAUGUCAUACCAGAUGCCUCUAAUGUGACCUGUUACUACCAGCCAGCGCCUUAUGUCCGAGACCUGAACUUCAGUAACUACUAUGUGGCCUCUUGUAACCAGUCCAUUCCAACAUGGCUGCCGUGUAACUAAGACUCUAAACUUACAAUGCUUUAUCGAUGAAGGAAAAAAAAACCCAACUCUUUGGCCCUGAGUGCUAUUACCCUGUGUGGGGGCAUAAAGGAUAUUUAAAAGGACAAGCAUUCGGGUCUUUUUUUUUUUUUUUUUUUUUUUUUUUUUUUUUUUUUUUUGGGGACUCUUGCUAAAUUCUUAUGUCAUUGUGUCAAGAUCAUUGGAUCCAAAGUAAUAUAUAUAUUUUUUAGAGCUUGGAUUAUCUAUAUUGGUGGGGAAAGAUCAAAUGUUCCCUUAAAUUUGUUUCUCAGAUUGUUUUUGUUGCCUUUGUGUCCCUAAUCUGAGCAAUUCUUAUUGUGCCUUAUCCCUCCCUAAUGUAUUACAUACUUUUGUCUUUAGGGGAGGAAAGAUUUCUCUAAAGGACAGUUUUGAUGCUUCUUGUGAUAAAACAUAGAAAAUGUAGAAAAAAACACAAAAUUUUGUUGUAUAUAAAUUGGAAAAAAAAAAAGAUUUUGGGUGACACAAAAAUGUAAGCUCAGGCUUAAACAGAAAAUUCCAGUGUGCAAUGAGGAGGGUUUUCCCCCCUUUCUUUUUUUCUUUUCUUCCCCCCCCCCUUUUUUUUUUUUUUUACUACUAUUGAGCUGCUAAUAUCCUUAAGAGCUUUCAGCUUGGCAUUUUAACUUCCUCAGCUAAUAAUAACCAGGGUUAUUGUGAGGUAAAGGACACUGCACGUUUGUUAUAGAUACAGAUGCUGAAAUUAUAGUUUACGUAGCAUUUGUUUUUGGGGUGUGUACAUCGUUUGCAUGCAAAAAUAUUUUUAGUAUUCCAGUACAAACUUCAGAAAGUUAUCUCUCUUCAGCUGCAAGUUGUAAACGUGUUCAGGCGAGCAUUUCUAGCUGGUGUGCUUUCACAUUUCCAGCCAGUUUAGGUCAAAUAAGAGAUGUAGCCUUUAUUGUUUGUGUGAAGGACAACAGUGCAAGUAACAUUUUCAGAAACGACCUAGUCAUCGUUCUGCGAUUUAAUAUGGGUAUGGUAAUGUUUGCCAGAGUUGGCUGCCGGGAAGAGGACAGGAUUGCCUUUGAGUGACUUAUGCAUGGAAUUGAAUUCGCAAUGAGCGUACAUGUGAGAGGGAGCAUGACGACGAGGUUGUCCCUUUUCCUUAAAAGGAUAAAGUGUUGGGUGUCCGGUGCUCUUGAGUCUAUAGUGAUCCUUAGCAGGCUUUGCAUUGCUGUGUAACAAGACUCCAAACUGGUGUCACACCGCUCUAAAAUUAUCCUAAGAGGUGCAGGGCAGAAUAUGUCUACGCUGGAGGGAGGUGGGCAGGGUUUUCUGCUGUGACGAACACCUUACAUGUGCUUCUGCUGCUCUUGCUCUUCAUACGGAUCCAUGCCGAACCCUUUUCUGGUCAUUGGAGCAGGGCCCCAUUCACAGAAACCUUACAGUGGCUCUUGGUAGAUUCCAAUUAUGGAUUUUAAACCCCUGGUAUGGUUAAUGUUGCAUGCCCUCAACUAUAAUACUGAUGCACAUCAAUGUCUCGUGUGUGUAUAUAUCACUAUUUUUGUCUGAAAAGCCUUUCAUUCUGGACUAACAGCUGUUUCAGAUUUUCUUGACAAAGUCUUUCCUUCUGCUUACUCUGCAUCUGCACACAGCUUUUUCAAACAUGCGCGCACACGGAGUAGAUAACCUGGAGAGCCACGCUCAGUCUCUUAUCUGCUUCACACAGACUUUGGAGGGAGGUGGGGAAAGGGUCACUGUGGCCUCGGACCGUUGUGGUCACACCCCUGGGUCAGGACUUAUUGACUUUAGGAUUUUUUUGUUUUCGUAGUCAGGCUGUGGUUCUUGGAGUCGAUUUGAGGUGGGAUGUAGUGGGUGGGGAUUAGUGGAUGGUGGGUGGGUGGGUGAGUGGGGGGCAGUCUUAGGGUAAAUAUUGGGUUGGGGUAUGUGUAUAUUAUGGAUCUAGGCAUUUUGGUGUCAUGAGAAAAGUUAGUUUACAUUAUAAUGUCCUCUGGUCCAUCCUUACACCCUGCUUUUCUUAAACCUAGUUGUCUAGUCAUUCCAGUAAUAGACAAUUUGUCAACUGCCCUUUUAAUGCCACCAAGCAGGGCAUUGACCAGUUAUCGCUAAAUACCUCACACAUUCAAAUUUCUAAAUGCAUACAAGUGAUCUCUAAAACCUGGGGAGCCGUGUAAGCUCUAAAUGACGCAUGGGGUGAGGCAGAGAAUGGAUCCUGGACAAAGGGCUGCUGUGUGUUUCUGAAUUAUUUAACUUGCAUUCUGGCUUGAAAUGUUACGUUUCUCACAUGACUGAUGGGAUGUACUUAAUGGAGUAUUUAGACGUCGCCUGCUUUCAAAUGUAUUCGUUUCUCAGAUGUCUGUGGUCCUUUUCCACAAAACAAGCCCCAAGUAACUUUUUUUUUUCCCCCCCCCCCUCAGGUUAUGUUUGUGUAAAUCAAUUCAUAAGGCUUCAUAAGUUUUAGACCAUGGAUGUGUGACGUAUAGAUACAGCAUCUCCUUAAUCUGCCCAGAUUGAGCAUUUUUAGAUGCCAUGGGAUACGUUUGAUCCCGCUGUUUGAACUUCACCCGGAUAAGGCUUGGCAUGAUGGGGCUUGGCUUGGGCGCCUGUUUAACAGCUCGAUGUACAGUAGGUUGGUUGUAUAUAAGGAGAUUGUUUUUGAAAUGGAUGCAUGCAUAGUGUUUAUACUAAUGCAGAAGUAUUUUGUUCUUUCAGAUAGAAGUGUUUUAUUUUUGUUUUUUUCUGCUGUAAUUCCAGAAUUUCCCUAUUUGAACAUUCUCUUAGCUGUCUCUCUGUGAACAAAGAUGUUUAAGCUUUGCUAGUACUGUUGCACUAUGGCUCAGAAAGCAUCUGUAUCAUUAUUUGUUUAAUGUUUUCCUAGGGGAGGACUUUCCUGUGUUUUGGAGAAUUGUCUAAAGGUUUGCUGAUGCUGGAGGCUUCUUUGGAAGUCCAGUUGUUUGCCAGGCAGUAACGAGUUGUAGGAUGUGCAGUUUUUGUGUUAUGUCUGACUGUGCCAAUGAUCGUGAGUCGAAAAGUUUAAGAUGUGGAAAUGUCUCACUUUUUUUUUUUUUUUUCUUUUUCUUUUUUUUUUUUUGGGAAAAAAAAGCUUAUUUGUCAACUUGGUGUUUUGAGGUUUAUAAAAUGUUUCAUUGUCAAUUAAUUUGAGCACUUUUACCUCACUUUAAAUUUUCCUUUGGAUGGAGAUGAACAUCAGGAAAAUAUGUAUGAAGAGGAGGGGGAAAUAAAGUAUUCAACCCCA